ACAAAAGAUGAAAAUGUUCGUUUCCCAUUCGGAUCUUCGUGCCAUGACCCUGAACGCCACCGGAUUGCGUCACCACCAGGGGCUCCACCCUGUGCGAUCGGACCCGAGACGACAAUCCGGAUACUAUCGGAUCCCGCAUUUGCUCCUCCCGGUGAGGCCGAGGGCGGUAUACGGUAUCGCUUUGGAGGAGAAGACGAAGAAGAAGAAGAAGAACGAUAAGAAGCCGGCGAUCUGUACGGCCGACGAACUACACCACGUCUCUGUUCCCAACUCCGAUUGGACCCUCGCUCUCUGGCGCUACCUUCCUUCCCCUCAGGCACAGCCGAGGAAUCAUCCGCUGUUGCUGUUGUCAGGGGUUGCGACGAAUGCUAUUGGAUAUGAUCUCUCUCCUGAGUAUGUAAACCGGAUCCAAGCCAAAAUGGUUUUUGUCGAUGAAUAUAGUAAAUUAAAAAGAAGAAUAAGGCCAUUCAUGUUCAGGUUUAGGGAUUUUUGGGUUGUGCUGUUGGUUUUGACGCCUAAAUAUCUAUGA